AUGAUAAGUGUGCCAACACCAAUGUUGACAUACGGAACCACAAAUUCAGUAGUGGCAGUACGAACAGUGGGUGGAAGUUCAUCUAGUGAUCCGUCGUUUGCCCUUCACAAUAUUUCGACACCACCAAUCGAAAAGUCAACAAUAUGGAACUAUAUGAAGGGUUCAGAAUCUGGAAUGUCGAGUUCAUAUGACCAGUUACUUUUUACAAGGACGGCUAUUGGCUCACUUGAUUCCAGUGAAAUAAACAGCCCAUUAUUAAAAAGCAUCAACAUUACAUCAUCAACAGAUAGUCAACGUUUAAGCAUAGCUGCCACGCCAUCAUCACCCAUGACAAGUAUGCCAACACCCACUGCGAUGUAUGGAACCACAAACUCAGUAGCGACAGCACGACCAGUGGUUAGAAGUUCAUCUGGAGACCAACUGUUGUCCAUCCCCGAGAUUUCGUCACUAAUGAGCGAACGUUCAACAAUAUGGAACCAUGCAGAAAGUGCAGAAUCAGGCAUGUCGAGUUCAUAUGACCAAUCAGGUUUAACUAGCACAGCUAUUAUCUCACUUGAUACCAGUGAAAUAAUUACCUCAUUAGUAGAAAGCAUCAACAUUACAUCAUCAUCAGAGAGUCAACGCUUAAGUAUAGCUGCCAUGUCGUCAUCAAACAUAACAAGUGUGCAAACACCCACUGCAAUGUAUAGAACCACAAUCUCUGUAGUUUCAACACGAUCCGUGGGUGGAAGUUCAUCUGGAGAUCCAUCGUUUCCCAUUCACGACAUUUUGACACCAUCAAGCGAAAGUUCAACAAUAUGGAACCAAAUGAAGACUUCAGAAUCAGGAAUGUCGAGUUCAUAUGACCAAUUGCUUUUUACAAGCACAGCUAUUGACUCACUUGAUUCCAGUGAAAUAAAUAAACCAUUAAUAGAGAGCAUCAACAUUACAUCAUCAACAGAUAGUCAACUUUUAAGCAUUAUUGCCACGCCAUCAUCACCCAUGACAAGUGUGCAAACACCCCCUUUUAUGUUUGAAACCACAAGCUAUGUAGCGACAGGACGAUCAGUGAUUGAAAGUGCAUCUGGAGACACAUCGUUUUCCAUCCUCAACAUAUCAAUACCUUUAAGCAAAAGUUCGCCAAUAUUGAACCAUACAAAAAGUUCAGAAGCAAGCAUGUCGAGUUCAUUUGACCAAUCGGACUUUACUAGCAUGGCUAUUGACUUAGUUUAUUCUAGCAAAAUAAGUAGCCCUUUUUUAGAAAGCAUCAAACUAACAGCAUCAAUAGAUAAUCAACUUUUAAGCAUUACUGCCACGCCAUCACUAAUGACAAGUGUAAAAACACAGACUUUGAUGUAUGAAGCCACAAACUCUGUUGCGACAGCACGAACAGUGGGUGGAAGUUCAUCUGGAGAAACAUCGUUUCCCAUCAAUGACAUGUCGACACUGCUAAGAGAAAGUUCAACAAUAUGGAACCAUACUAAGAGCUCAGAAUCAGGCAUGUCGAGUUUGUAUGACCAAUCACUUUUUACUAGCACAUCUAUUGGCUCACUUUAUUCAAGCAAAAUAAAUAAACCAUUAUUAGAAAGCAUCAACAUAACAGCAUCAACAGAUAGUCAACUUUUAAGCAUUACUGCCACGCCAUCAUCACCUAUGACAAGUGUGCAAACAUACUCUUUUAUGUAUGGAACCACAAACACAGUGGCGACAGAAAGACCUGUUGUUGAAAGUUUAUCUGGAGGUUUAUCGUAUUCCACCCACGACAGGUCGAUACCAUCAAGCGGAAGUUCAGCAAAAUGGAACCAUACAAAGACCUCAGAAGCAGGCAUGUCGAGUUCUCAUGACCAUUCACUUUCUACUCGCACAGAUAUUGGCUCACUUGAUUCCAGUGAAAUGUUUGCUAUGAGUCAAUAUUUUCCAUCACUUAUUGACAGCACACAUUUAUUUUCUGUGUCACAGAUUUCAUCGACUUUCACGAAAUAUUUCCCGAUACCUACUUUUAAAUCAAAUUCUAUUUACAUGUUUUCUUCGACGGUUUAUUUUAAUGAAAUGUCAUCAUCGUCAAUUUUGACUCAUUUAAAGUCAUUAGAAACCAGUUAUUCUUCAUAUAUGUUUGAAUCAAUACCUGCUUAUUCAAUUCGCAGUUCUUCUGACAGUAUUUUUACAUUAUCAGUGUCUUCUACAGGAAGCAAAUUCUCUCCAUCAUCGGACUUUUCGGCGAGCCAGACAUAUAUUACAAACGUUGUCUUGCAACGAAGUACACCAUAUAGCAUUCACUCAAGUGAGAGUCAUGUUGCAAACGAGAAUUUAAAUGACACGAAUUAUUCUAGUAUCUCACCUUCGAGUGCUUUUAACAUUUCAUCCAUUCCAAGUGCGUCUGAAAGUGGAUCACCAUUUAAAGGAAACGUAAGCACACCUAUCUUGUUGACAUCAUCCUUUAAGAGUAAAAGUGAUUUCUUACAAGCCAGUUCAUCAGACAUUUCUAGCAAGUUCUUAAAUGUGAAUGUAUCACAAGUGCAGACUAAUACAAUGUUAAUAACAACAUCAGUUCAAACAGCACCAGUUGAAUUUUCAACGUCAUUGACUUCACCUUUAAUUUCCUUACCGACAAAUAUUGUUGUAACAAGUGAUGCUACCGAAGUGCUACUUAGUACUAAAGUUAAUAAUUCAUCCUACAAGACCAACGAUAUUAUUUUGUCGACAGCUGUGAUCUCAUUCGGUUUAUCAACGUGGACAUCAACAUUUAUCUCAUCAGAGUCCACAAUAGCAAGUGAUUCAAGUUCCAGUGUGAUGACAACAGCCGCAGUUAUUCAGCCAUCGUUUACACCCGUGUUUAGUCAGAGCAUUGUUUAUCAUUCCACGGAUAGUGAAAAUGUCAACCAUUCAACAAAAUAUUGGAAUGUUUACAGCAAUAUGUCCUCCAUAUAUCAUUAUACCUCGACCACUCCAGCAUCUUCCCCCGACGUGAACACCGACAGUUUACCUACCACAGAUAUGCUGACAUCUAACAUAGUUUUCACGAGUUCUCCCAUAGAUAUUUCAUCUACAAGAGUGUCUUCAGCCUCUUUAUUUUCUCGGAUAUCUAAAUCAUCUGGGAAUUCAGUGUUAGAGACAAGUCAUACACCAUUUACUAAUGAAGUUUGGAGUACAUUAUACGGACAUACUAGCUCCAUCUUGAGACUUGAUUCCACAAUCACAUCCCUUGUCACAACCAACGGCUUUUUACUUUCUAGAACAUCCUUACUGACUUCUUUUGUACACAGUGUUAGUGAUACGUCAUUCACAAAACCAUUAACGUCAGCCUCAUCAUUCAAACACAAUGUUACUGAUAUAUCAGUUGCAAGUAAACUGGCAUCGACUGAUUCAUUCAGGAAUAGUAAAACUGAUACAUUUAACUCGAAUCGAUUGACGCCAAUUUCUUCAUUUAUACAUACAACCGCUUUUAUGAGUAAACUAAGUAGCGAUCAAUCAUCUUCUUUAGCGCACAACAGUGGGAGUACAGCGUCAUUCCUUGAAAUUUCCAGUGUUUUCCUUGAUACAUCAAAUUCCAAUCGAUUGAUGUCUUUAUCUGAAAGUACACCCGUGUUCAUGAGUAUACUAAGUAGCGAACUCUCUUCUUCUUUAGCACAAAGCAGUGAAAGUAAAGUGACAUUCCUUCAAGCUUCCAGUAUUUCCCGUGAUACAUCAAAUGCGAAUCGAUUAACUUCUUCAUUUGAAAGUACAAAAGCACUUAUUAGUACAUUAAAUAACGAUCGUUCAUCUUCUUUAGCACAAAGCAGUGAAAGUAAACCCAAAGCAGUGAAAGUACAGUGA